AUGGCGCAGUGGCAUCCCAGAAGUGACGCUGUCCAUUGGUAUAUGCAAGAAGUGAGUUCGCGAUUGGUGGCGAAGAGCGGUAUACCCAGCGAUAGGCACCAUCUGGGAAAAUUAAUUUUUCAAAGCUUUCAAGACAAUCCAGAUUUUAUUUUACAGAUAGAUGGCGGUACAGGUGAAACAGAGACAUUCGGCUCUGCUUUACGAAGAUCAGUUCAGUGUGCUUCUGCGUUCAAAAAAUUAGGGCUGAAACAAGGAGAUGUCAUUGUACUGAUGGCUCCGAACCACAUCCAUCUCACGAUUCCCAUGUAUGCUGCAUUUUAUCUCGGAGUAGCUGUUGCUGGUAUUAGUGCGGCGAACAGUGUUUAUGAAUUACGGCAUACAUUUAGCUGCAACCAACCCAAUAUGGUGUUUUGUCAAAGCGAGAGGGCAAAAGACGUUCGUUCAGUAAUACGAGAUUUAAAUCUUGAGACACAGGUUGUUACUUUUGACGAGGGUGAUGAAAGCUUAAGCUUUAGUGACCUCCUUAAGAAGGGGGAUGAUGCAACUGUCAAUAAUUUUAAGGUUGCUGAUUUCGACUCAGCGGAGACACUAGCGUUAUUAGUAGCGACCAGCGGAACAACAGGGCUACCAAAAUUAGCAGCCGUUACUCACAAAAACUUUGCUAUUUCUGUGCCAUAUAUGUGGAUUACAUUUAACAAGUUUCCCACGCCCACUCGACUAUCUACAACAUUUUCUCCUAUUCAGUGGUAUUCAGCGCUGUUCCAAUUCGUCUUCUCACCGAUCUUAAAGGUCACUAGACUGCAAUCAUCAACACCGAUAACUCAAGACCAUGCUUACUACCUCAUAAAUAAUUACAGACCAACUUUCGGAGUGUUUAGUCCGAACAUGCUGGAGACUUUCCUGAAAGACGACGGUAGUAACAAAUGCGACUUCUCGUGCUUCGAAACUAUUAUGAUCGGCGGAAGUUUCGUUCGUCCUGGUCUAAUUGAACGUAUAAGGAAAAUUACUCCAAAAACAAAAUUUCUUGUAGGUUUCGGUAUCAGCGAAAUAUCAGGCAUCGCUUUCAAUUAUGACGGAAACCUGCCAAGUUCCCUUGGGAAACCUCUGCAAAACAUGGAACAUAGAUUAGUUGAUCCUGAAACGUUAAAAGACGUAACCCAACCUAAUGUUUCUGGUGAACUUUGGUUGAGAGGGCCGGGUAUAUUUAAGGGCUAUUACAACAAUCCAAAAGCGACAGAACAAGUUCUCAUUCAAGACGGCUGGUUUAGAACUGGAGACAUCAUGUACAGAGACGAAAACUCAAAUUUCUAUUUUGUCGAGAGGCUGAAACUGAUGUUGAAAUACAGAAGUCACCAGAUUUCACCGCUAGAAAUAGAAAAUGUUAUAGCUAAACAUCCAGGAGUCUUCGAAGUGGCUGUUACGAGUAUACCUGACGUAGAACAUGGCGAUCUACCGGUCGCUUUUAUUGUGCCACGUGAUAACUGCGAGAUAUCAGCUGAAAAAAUCAAACACUUAGUUAAAGAGUCACUCAGUGAUCCAAAUCAGUUAAGAGGCGGGGUUGUAUUCCGGAAGGAGCUGCCUCUGACACCCUCUUCAAAGUUAGAUAGAAAAAAACUUGCAGCCAUGGCAAUGUCUUUGGUGAAAUCAUAAUCAAAACGAAACAAUCAAAUUCUUUUUGAUGUUUAUUUAUUAAGAUUAUUAUUAUUCAUAAGCAAUCAAUAGUGU